AUGAUGGCUACAAAUGGAUUAUUACCGUCCACUCAAGGAAACGUGGCGAGCGAUGAUGAAGCCGUCCGCAAUCUUCAGGAAUAUCUACGAAUAAAAAGCGUUCAUCCGAAUGUAAAUUAUGAGGAAUGUCUGGUAUAUCUUAGAGGUCAAGCCGCACAGCUGGGUUUACCGGUCCAAGUUUUUGAGGUGGUCCCCCAUAAACCUAUACUGGUAAUGACCUGGGAAGGCCAGGAACCAGCCCUUCCGAGCAUUCUCCUCAACUCGCAUAUGGACGUUGUACCUGUGUUUGAAAAAAGUUGGACAUACCCACCAUUCGAAGGUCGCGUAGUUGACGGAGUGAUUUACGGUCGAGGUGUGCAGGACAUGAAGUCUGUUGCUGUACAGUACUUAGAGUCAAUAAAACGACUCAAAAACAAAGGAAUUACUUUUAAGCGCACAAUACACUUGAGUUUUGUUCCAGACGAAGAAGUCGGGGGAGAUCAGGGUAUGGCGCAAUUUGUCAAGUCCGAACAUUAUAAAAAGUUAAACAUCGGGUUUGCACUAGACGAGGGUCUUGCUAGCCCCACAGAUCAUUACGUUGUAUACAAUGGAGAAAGAAGCAUUUGGCAUGUAAGAGUAAUUUGUCCCGGAAUGUCCGGUCACGGCUCUCUACUGUUGCCGGACAAUUGUGGUGAAAAGAUGCGAUUCAUCAUAGACAAGUUCAUGGACCUUCGUCAAGAGUCUAAAAAGAAAUUGGAAGAAAACCCUCAAUUAACGAUCGGGGACAUAACGUCCAUCAAUCUAACAAUGCUUAAGGGUGGCAUUCAAGAAAACGUAAUUCCUGAGAAACUAACCGUCAGUUUCGAUUUGCGUUUAGCCUUGUCCGUUGAUUUCGUCGAGUUUGAAAAUAUGAUUAAGGAUUGGUGUACGAAAGCCGGAGCAAACGUAACCUACGAGUUCGUUCAAAAGGAUGAUUAUGUCUUACCAACUCCUACUGAUUCCUCCAAUGGCUACUGGAUGGCAUUUAAGACCACAAUUGAACAACUAGAUAUUCCAUUGGACCUUCGCACAUUUCCUGGUGGCACUGACUCUCGUUUUAUUCGUAAAACAGGCGUUCCCGCCUUAGGAUUUUCGCCGAUGCGACGUACACCACCAGGUCUUCAUGAACAUAAUGAAAGUCUACAAAUAUCUGUGUUCUUAGAAGGCAUCAAAACAUAUGAAGCUGUUAUUCCUGCUAUUGCUAAUGUGUAA